AUGGCUGCCUCCUUCAAAGAGAGAUCUGAAGAACUGCAUGAAAGCAUCACUAAUUUCUUAGGGACCCAGGAGUUUGUCUUACUGGAUGCUCAGUUCCACAUCAAGUCCAAAGUAGAAGAAAUUAUCCUGGUUUUGAUGCCUUGGCGAGCAUUGGUGGUGAUGGCAAAGCUUCCUCUCAAGGUCCACGUUAGCUUCAGCUUCCUAGCUGUGCAGCUAAUCAAAAUGAGAGAAGCUAAAACGGUUGUCAUAGAAACGGAUACCUCUUCCUUUGAGUUUGACUUCCUGUCAUCGGACGAUCUGGAACAAGCAGUCAGCCACAUGAUUACUUCACUCAAAAAGGUUUUUCCGGGAUCCUCGCCUGGAGAUCUCCUCCAGAACGCCUCUCCCAGCUUGCUUGCAAGAAUUCAAGGGACGACCAAUUCGUUGGAAGAAGCAUGGAAAGAAAGUCCUUGUGGUGGAUUCUCAGAGACCUACGCUGCCCUCUGCGAUUACAGUGGCCUUUCUGUUCAAAAGGAAAUCCAAUGGGAUGUGGAUAAUAUUUAUCACACUCGGGGAUGCAGAGAAUUCAACCUACUGGAUUUCAACCACCUGCCCAGCCCAGAUAUCGCUCUUUGUGUAGCCAGCUUAUCCUUUAAUCAGUGGUUUACAAAGCUAAGUUGCAAAGACUUCAAACUGAAUCAGGUUAUUUUGGAGGAGAUCCUUCUGGCCCUAAGAAAAUCGGUGACUUUGAAAGAGUUGGAACUGGAAAACUGUGGCUUAAAAUGUGACUUUGCGCAGCAGAUGGCCCUUGUCCUUCAAGAAUAUCCAGAUUCUGCAUUAAACAGUCUUAAUCUCUCUAGAAACCUCCUGGAGGACCGAGGUAUAAUUGCUCUAAGCCAGACCUUCGAGCAAAGGAACAAGGGUUUCCAGUCCUUGAAUUUCGCAAGGACUUCUGUGACUCAGAAAGGAAUGAUGGCCUUAUGUCAAUCUUUCAUCAACAAUGGACAAUUCAGAACCAGCCUAUCCCACCUGGACCUCUCUGGAAAUCCAGGAAGUUUGUUGGCUGAAGGUGGAAAUGGCUUGUUUUCCUUCCUGAGCCAGCCAAAUGCUUUGGGUCAUCUCGAUCUCUCUGGGUCAGACUGUGCUCUGGAGAUGCUCUUCGGUGCCUUGGCUGGUGGAUGCUGUGUAAACCUGACUCAUCUGAAUCUCUGCAAGAAUGUUUACUCACACAAAAAAUCCAGAGGUGAUCCUUUCGCAAUCGACCAAUUCUUCAGCCAGGCCUCUGCCCUACAACACGUUUCCCUGUCUGGAACCAAGCUUCCACCAGAGGCUUUAAGAGCUUUGCUUCAGGCUUUAGCCAACAAUACUCAACUGAAGAACCUGCAUCUGGACCUCAGCAGCUGUGAGCUGAGAUCGGCAGGAGCCCAAGUGAUCCAGGAUCUCAUAUCAGAUGCCAGUUCAGUCUGUGACUUGAAUUUGUCAGACAACGGCUUUGAUUCUGACAUGGUGACGCUGGUUUUGAGCCUCAACCGAAGCAAAUCCAUUAAGCAUGUGGCAUUAGGGAAGAACUUUAACAUCCAAUCUAGAGAGACUCUAGUUGACACCUUGCACCGGAUUGUUCAGCUCACUCAGGAUGAAGAUUGUGUAAUUGAAUCUGUAUCGGUGGCCGAAUCACGCCUGAAGCUGAGAACCAGCAUUCUCCUGGAUGGUUUAGGAAGCAACAGCCAUCUUGUGGCCUUGGAUAUCAGCGGCAAUGCCAUAGGAGACUUGGGCGCCAAAAUACUAGCCAAAGCUUUGUCGGUGAAUAAAACACUCAGGACUCUAAUGUGGGAUAGAAACAAUAUAACCUUAUACGGAUUUCUUGAUGUGAUUUCAGCUUUGGAAAGGAAUUUCAUCCUCACGAAAAUGCCUUUGCCCAUGAACGACAUUGCUGUGGCUUACCGGAGUCAUCCAGAGAAAAUGGAGGAAAUUGUGCACCAGAUGCAGUCUUACCUUGCAAGAAAUCAGAUUCAAGCGAACCAGCUCAAGGAGAAAGGCCAGCUCCAGCUAGACAGUCAAGCCAGCUCUUCCAAACAGGCGGUGAAAGAUGCUUGCCAGACUGUGCAGAAGUACAUCGGGCUGCUGAGCUGUGUUCAGGAUGUGGAAGUUAAGGCUGAUCUGCUUUGGGCUCAGGAAGCCAUCAAGGAUGCAACCCUCUUCAUGGAUAUUUUGCCCAUUUUGUACGAAGCCGGAAGGGCUUCCUACCAGAACUGCAAGCUUCAGCACAAAUUGGAAAAACUAAUUGAGGAAGUUUCUCAGGCCUACCGCAAGGAGAUUCAGGCGGUUGUGCAAUCCCAGUUGGAUGCUACGCAGAGUUUGCACCCUCAAAUUUUGCAGAGAACAGAUUUCUUGAAGCAAUUAUUCUGUGAUGCAUCAGAGACAACCUUCCUGGACCAGUUGCUGACUGAGGUGUAUGACAAGGUCAUGAAGAUCCAACUAUCAAUUACAGAGGCCAUGACCGGUAUUAUCACUGAGAAGACUUUGGAAGAGUUAACCACCAUUCAAGACAGGCUGGUGGCUGCCCAAUGGAGACACGCUUGCUCUCUGAGUCUUCUACCAACACCUAGUUUAAAUGGUCUGUCAGAACUGGUGCGGAAGGUAGGAGCCGAAGAUAACAAGAUUGGGAGUCCCCAGCCUGAGCUGUCACUCAGCCGUGCCUCCGCGAAGUCACGCCCUGCUUCCACAAAGGAUGCUGAGCCUCGGAGCGGGCUGCUGCUGCUGCCUCGCACAGAGCCUGCAUCCGCAGCAUCCCUUAUGGACCUGCCGGCUGCGGGGGAGAAAUUGGAGCAUUAUACCCGAGACAGGCCCAGGCCGAACCGAAGGAACAGACAACCUCCCAGCAAGUCGAAUGUCCAGCUGCCUGUGCGUGAGAAUACAGAAGACAGAAGCAUUGCCAGGUUGGAUGAAGGCUUAGACGAAUUCUUCACCAAGAAGGUGAUCCACGAAUAUUCACUUCCUACUUCCUUGGAAACCUCUCCCACGGCCGUCGCAUCACCAUCUUCUGGUUCUCGGACCUUAAAAAAGAAAAUCGGACACUUCUUUGCCUUCAAGAAGCCAAAGUCAAGUCGGGGGGCCAAGUCCGAAAAAGACUCCGAGGGUAGUCCCUCACCAGCAAGGGGCAGGAAGCUGAUGCUCAGUGACAUUUUAAGGACCCCCAGCAAAGCCAGCGACUCGGCCAAAGCGCUAAGCAAAUCUGAGGAAGGAGGGCUGGCUGGGGAGAACAGAGGCUACCUGGAGCAAAGCCAGACCCCAGAUAGCGCACGUAGAGCCAGGCCAAAGUACUCCAGGGAAGGGAAGUCUCAGUCCUUGAUACUCUUGUCAGGAGAAGAGACAGAGGGACUUGGUGUCAGGCAUGAGAAGAAGCGGUCCUUUGAGAAGAGCGAUGGUGAGCUGCCCAGUUCCUUUGAACAGCGCGUCCAUGUCAUGCUGCAUCGGAUUGGGGUCACCAAGGUGUUGUCUUCUGAAGGGAAAAAGAAACAGAACAAAGAUGGGGAAAUCAAAAAGGCCGGUUCUGACGGGGAUAUCGUAGAUUGUUCUGCAGAGUCUCCUCCAUGCUCUUUGAAAUCACGAACACACUCCAUAUCCACAGAUCCUUCCGUACGCACAGGUUCUGCGGAUCCCGUUGGCCGAGCAGGUACGGAGCCGAGUGGUGGAUCCCUUGAGGGCCGACUUUCGUGGAAGGUUCUCGGGAAGCAGCUGAACGCCGAAUUCAAGGGCAAGUGUUCAGAACUCAGCCCUUCACCAAGAAGAGGUUUUGCCAGUCAGGAGCCAGCCGGGCCCCGGGAGCAAAAAGGGAGAGAGAGCUGGAGCAGCAGUUUGCCCAGGACUGGGAGAAGCACGGCUGCUUCACUUCCCCUCAGAAGGACCAGCAAUGCGGGCGAACUGCAGAAUUCCUUCGCUCACUUGAACACGAUUGCUGGAGACAAUCAGUUCAAACCCAAACCUCGUCUAAAGCCAGCGGUCAACCGAAGGGCCAUGUCUGUUCAUGAAGAGCAGCUCAGGGACCAGGCUUGUGCGGCUGAGCUUCACCAUGCAAAAAUCCCUCUUUGUUUGCAACGCUCGCCUAUUCUGAAAUGGAAGACUAAGCCCAAGUUGCUGUUGGAGACUGGACUAUCUGCACCCUCGGAUUCCCUAGGCCCUCCCCCACAAGAACAGAAUGUGGUUGCCUCCGACUCAAGAGCAGAAACAGAAGAAGAGCUGCCCCAAGCUAUAGAACAAACUCUAAAGAAUGCACAAAAUUCAGCAUUAGACCAAAGAACUGCUGUGCCCCUCUCCAAGUCUCCAAUACACGAGCAUUGAAUGAUUCUGCAUGAUGACCGCUCCACUGAAGGGAAGACAGUGAAGGCUUACGGUUUGAAGCAACAGCCCAGCGGUGAGGGUGCGAGUUCUUUGGUACAAGGAUGAACAAGGGACCGGCCCUCCCAUAGCUCCUUGGCUGGAAGAACUGGGAUUUCCAGUGAUGGAUAGUAGCAUCUAAUCUCCUGCACGUCUUUCUGGAUCGCCCCGUUUCAUCUUUCAUCCUUGUACACGCUCAUCAAAGUGCCCAGUAUUCUAACGGUUUGUGUGAGAAAAAGCCAAAAUCUCAAGUCUGCAGGAAACUGGUCUUUUCCAGCAGAAGUUGUACAGUUGGUACCAGAUGCGACAAACUGUUAUAGUGCCAGAAACUGAGAACCACCAGCAGGCGGGAUGGGGGAGGGGGUUAUUUUACAUACACUAAACUUGCUUGCCUUGCAUUGUAUGUUUUGGAAGUUUGAGAGUAGGCUAGUUUGUGGUUUGUAGGGGAGUUAAAAGCAGGCACUCAAUUAAACCAGGUACAUGUCUCUCGUAACAAACUUACUCCGCUGCUAUCCUAUACCAUAUUUGUCCUUAAGGUCUUAUUUCCUUCUGUCCACAUCCUUUUGUAGUCUAGGAACAAUACUGUCAUGCUAGAACAAAAUACUUGCCGGCACCAACGAGAGGCUUAGCGUGAACAAGGGAGGAGGGACAAUGCGCAUCGUAGCAGAUUUCAGCCAGGUUAACGCAAACGUUCCUCCUGGCCACGAUUAAAUCUUCGAAAUUGCCGUUGUUCCCAUCUCAUUUGUUCUGGUGUUAUUAGGCCUCUCCUUUCAGCUCCUUUAACAUUGCUACAAGAUUCAGCAGCACUUUGCUGUGGCAGAGAAGAUGGGAGGAAUGGAGACGACUUUUCAUCCAUUGUGGGAAGAUGUGAGGCAGGGGUGGGUUCUACUUUCCUUUACUACCAGUUCGCAACGGGAGCGCGAGUAUGCGCUUCUGUGCAUGUGCAGAAGCCCUUGGAUGAUGUUGGGGCGGAUGGGUGGAGCCUCCCGCCGGUUUUACUACCAGUUCUAUAGAACCGGACAGAACUGGGAGCAACCCACCACUGAUGUGAGAGCCUCACACCAAGCUUGGCGUUCCUGUUCAAACUCAUUGUGAAGAUGCUUAACCCGUAGCCUUGUCUCACGAAUCAGGAUUUGCAGCCUUUUCCUUAAAGCAAACACCUUACCCUAAUCCAUUGGCUUUUAAGGAGGCUCUAGGAAAUAGUUUUUACAAUAUGAAUCGCUUAACUUGCUACAGCUCCUUACAUCACUACUAGCACAUAGACAAAAGGGUAAGUACAUAUUUCUCCACACUGAUAGCCUGCAACUAAACACUGCGUGAAAUAUAGUUACAAUAUACUGGGGAAAAAAUGCAGCUGUUUCGUAGAGUUUUCGGUACUUUCACCACUAGCCUUUUUUCAAGACACUGGAAGGAACAAAAACGUGGUGCUCGGCUAAUCUGUGUUAUAUUCUCCCAGAGGACUAGAAAAGUUAUACAGCUUUCAGUUGAGAGGUUCCCAGCCCACGUGGAAAUCCCAUCCUCUGAAGGUAUUCUUUUAGGAAGACUGAAAAAAAAGCUUUUGCUUCCGGCUAUUGGUGAAUUUGGAUUGAGACAAGGAAGAAUUAUGAACCACACCAGAGUUGAGAUAAUGGAGGAUAUAUGCAGAUGCAGAGUUCACACAACAGUGUCUACUAGCGCCACGCCACAUACACACAAACCUGUUUCCACACAGAUAACAUUUUGGCAUAAUGGUUCAAAUACCAAUCAUCCUCAACCACAAGAGACGCUCAGUGGGGGUUGAGCUCCUUGUAACUGUACUUGGGUAUCUGCCAUCUAUUACCAGAUGAUUAUUGCAUGCAUCUUUUAAAAAAUAUUCUAGCACAAACAGCCAACUUAUUUACAUUAAGGUCCUUAUUUUAAAACAAAGAAUCACAGAAUUUUAUUUUAACUUUCAAACUAUGUUUGAGUGACUGUGCUCAAAUUUGGAA